AUGCCUCUGUACCUCGUUAAUCCAAAUCAUAAGUUCUUACCUUUGGACAAGGUUACAAGUCGUUCAUUGGGCGUUUGGCGAACUGUUACCCAAUCCGUUCAAGAUAACAAGCUAUUCACAGCAAUACAAACGCUCAUAAAUGAUAGUCGAAGGGUCACGGAUAAUGGACAGAUCGCACUUGGACCUCAUUUCCCUGUUUUCAGGUAA